UAGGCUUUAAUGUCGGUUGGGAAAAAUGGAAAAUGAACAUUAAUGUCGGUUUUGAAAACGCGGAUGUUUAAUGUCGGUUUUCCACCGACAUUAAAGACUAAGCUUUAAUGUCGGUUUUAAACCGACAUUAAAGGUCCGCCAUUUUGAAAACCGACAUUAAAGGUCCAUUUAAUUUUUUUUUAAUAAUUUUAUUUUGUGAAAAAAUAAUAGUCUCUCUCUUACUUUACUCUUUCGACCCUCUCCUACUCGCGCAAUCCCUUUUCUUCUCCAAAUGAAUUCGUCCAUUUCUUCUUCGGCAACUUUUUCUUCUCCGAUGCCCGUUCCUUCUCCGACUUUUUCUCAUUGUUUUUCUCAUCUUCUUUUCUUUUUCUGAAUCCUUCCCAUAUUCAUCCAAAGGCAUGCUCAUCCACUUUCUGUAGAGUUCCGUCACUCUCUUCUUAUGGAUUGUUGGUCCCUUUCUCUCCCUCUCGACGACGAGUUCAAGAAGCUCGUCAAUCGUAUGAACCCUCACAGGGUUACCAUUGAUAAUGAUUCCAUUAGAAAAGCUACUCCGAUUAAGGUUGAUAGUGCUAAUAAGCGAGGGAGUUUACUGGAAGUGGUUCAGGUUCUUAAUGAUUUGAAUCUCAUAAUUAGACGAGCUUACAUAGUUAUUUGCCUCGUUUGGAAUUACAGCUGGUUUUGUUGUGUUUUUCAUUGGCAAUCCUUAGAUUUCUUCUCAAGGGUUUUGGAGUAUCCAAGAUUUCCUCUCAAAUUAUUGUAA